CCUCCCGUCUCCCCUCAGCUCCCUGGAGGCACCGUCCCCGCUGCUCCACCCUGCCUGCAUGCUGCCUGGCUCCCAGAGCCCCGCUGGGAUGGGGGCACAACUUUGGGGAAGCCCCCCCCCCCCGCCCCGGCCCCCCAGGUGCGUCUUUAAGAGCCGCUCUUCGCCACCGCGUACUUUGUCCCUUGUCCCUCUGCGACGACGUGGCCGAGAGGAUAAUCCCUGCCUGCACGAGGUGAGGGCGAGCCGGGAGCACCUCAUCCUGGCACGCUUCCUCGCCGGCACGCUCCGCCGAUCCCCGCUCAGGGUGGGAAGGCGGGGGGGUCCCUCCCGGCCUGUGGUGGGGGGUGACGGCCGUCCCGUGGCUGCCCCGCUGUGGAUGAGGUGGCCAGGACCGGCGUGAUGGCGGAGAGCAGCUGGCUGGAGCGUCCCGGCUUGGAUAAAGCAGCCGGGGAGGAAUUCCUGCGGGAAGCCUUCCAGGUCCUGCUGGAUGAAGCCGUGCGGAAGGGGACGGAUGUGACCGAAAAGGUCUGUGACUGGAAGGAGCCCCAGGAGCUGCGGGAGCUGCUGGACCUGGAGCUGCGGAGCAGCGGGGAGCUGCCGGAGCGGCUACUGGAGCGCUGCCGGGACGUCAUCCGCUACAGCGUCAAAACCUGUCACCCUCGCUUCUUCAACCAGCUCUUCUCUGGCCUGGACCACCACGCGCUGGCAGGACGCCUGAUCACUGAGGCCCUCAACACCAGCCAAUACACCUACGAGAUCGCCCCGGUGUUCGUGCUGAUGGAAGAGGUGGUGCUGGCCAAGCUGCGGGAGCUGGUGGGCUGGAGCAGUGGCGAUGGCAUCUUCUGCCCAGGAGGCUCCAUCUCCAACAUGUAUGCCAUGAACGUGGCCCGGUUCCACUGCUUCCCGGAGAGCCGGCAGAAGGGCAGCUGGGCUCUGCCGCGCCUGGCCCUCUUCACCUCCCGGGAGAGCCACUACUCCAUCCAGAAAGGAGCUGCGUUCCUGGGCAUCGGCACCGACAACGUCCACCUGGUCGGCACCGAUGAGAGGGGGAAGAUGAUCCCCGAGGAGCUGGAGAAGGAGAUCCAGAGGGCGAAAGCUGAGGGUGCCAAGCCUUUCUUCGUCUGUGCCACCUGUGGCACCACCGUCCUGGGCGCCUUCGACCCGCUGGACGGCAUUGCCGACGUCUGCCAGCGCCACGGCCUCUGGUUCCACGUGGACGCAGCCUGGGGUGGCAGCGCCCUGCUCUCCGGCAAACACCGGCACCUCCUGACUGGCAUCGAGAGGGCCGACUCGGUGGCCUGGAACCCCCACAAGAUGCUGACAGUGGGUUUGCAAUGUUCGGCCUUCCUGCUCCGCGACACCUCUGGCCUCCUCCAGCGCUGCCACGGCGCCGGUGCCAUGUACCUCUUCCAACCCGAUAAAUUUUACGACGUCACCUACGACACUGGGGACAAGACCCUGCAGUGCGGCCGCCGGGUGGACUGCCUCAAGCUCUGGCUCCUCUGGAAAGCCGCCGGGACCGAGGGGCUGGCGCGCCGCGUCGAGCGGGCCUUCGCCUACACCCAGUACCUGGCCGAGGAGGUGAAGAGGAGGGACGGCUUCCAGCUGGUGCUGGAGCCAGAGUUCAUCAACCUCUGCUUCUGGUUCGUGCCCCCCAGCCUGCGGGGCAGGGAGGGCUCCCCGGAUUACUGGCCAAGGUUGGGGAAGGUGGCUCCCGCCAUCAAGGAGCGAAUGAUGAGGAAGGGGUCCAUGAUGGUGGGCUACCAGCCCCACGGUGCCAGGGUCAACUUCUUCCGCCAGAUCGUCACCAACCCCGCCGUCACCAAGGACGACUUGGAUUUCUUCCUGGAUGAGAUCGAGAGGCUGGGACAGGAUUUGUGA